AUGGAUAACUCAAGACCCGUAGCGGUCCCUUUAGUAGUCCGCAUUGCACCGAAAGCCUUCCAUUCGACGACAUUAUUUAUUUGAAAUUUUAAAAAAGUUAAAAUCAAACAUUAUCUUCUCCUUCAGCUAUUUGAACAAAUUUCUGUAGCGAUCUCACUCUCGUAAUCAAUGAGUAACUUUCAGCUACUUUGAUUCUUCAUAUUUACAACUUUGAAGCCUCUUGAAAUUGGAUGCUAACUACAAGAAAGUGAAAAUUUAAAAAAAUAUAUUUAGACACUGCAUGUUUCAUGGAUUUAUUUCAAUUAACUCUCUAAUUCUACUUGUUUUCUUAUUGUUAACGAAAGUUUAAACGUGAUGUUUGCUUAAGAGACUGGGCGAGUCGCACUCGGAUCGGCGGCGGUCAGUGCCGACUAUUGAUCUCAAAGUUAUAUUCAGCUUUUUCACAAUCAGGUUGGCUUUUGCUUUUUUUUAGAGAUCUUUUAAGCCAAUUUCACUUCAGAUGCAGGACACAUUCUUAAUUUUAAGCUUGGCAGUAUUGGUAAGCUUAUCGAGCCAAAAAGAAAUUGUCAUAAAGAACGAAAAAUGCCGGACGUGUAAUUUUCUCGUUGCUUGUUUUGAUGAGGUUUAAAUUUUUGGUUCGGUUCAACUUGAAGCUAAAGAUUUUCAGGGCCUACGCAAAACGGCUCGGCAGCAUUUUGCAGGUGGGGACACUGCAUGGGAAGAGAAAAACCUGGGAAAAUAUGCUGUCAGGUAUUUUUCCAAUAAUUCCGAACACUUCAGAUUGGUUCAUUUUCAGUGAAACACGACUCAUCGAAGUAAUGGAAGGUGUUUGCAAAAAGUCGACACUCCCGAACGUCGACACAUUCACAGGAAUCAGCGAACUCGAGUUCAAGGUUAGAUACGUAGUUUUCCGGGACUUCAACCGAUUCUAGUGCGCUUCUCAAAUGGAAAAUCACGAAGAACUGAUCGAGCAGUACUACUACGAGCACCAGGCGGCUAACAUGUCCACGUGGCUGUGCAUAACUAACUUGAAACGUCAGUUUUCUCUUUUUUGUUUUUCGUAUCUUUACAAAAAUAUCUCAUAGUGUUAUUUAUGCGUAAAACGUUUUACUAUCUUUUUUCAGUGUGUUGUCCAGAUCAGCAUUUCGGAAAAGACUGCGAAAAGUGUCCUGGGGUCCAAGAAGGCGCUCCUGCGUGCUUUGGCAGAGGGUCUUGUCAUGUUGGUUUCUUUUUUAGUUUUCUCAUUCCGAGUGUACUCUUGAGAGUUCAUCAUGAAGUUCAAAGUCAGUGUUUCUAUGUGCAGCUCGUUUCUAGGGAGAUGGAAGCCGAGAAGGAACUGGCAAGUGCAAAUGCGAAGAAGGUUACAUCGGAAACCAAUGCCGACAUUGCGAUUCUGACUUUUUCGAGACUGAAAAAACCCCGACGAGCAUUCUCUGCAAAAGUAAGUUGUGAGAAAAAAAGCGGGGAGACUAUAACGACAUCUUUUUGGAUAUUUUUUUCGAAUACUUCUUGCAGAAAGCAUUUUUCCCUCCUGUUUCAGUCACAAUCACACAAAAAUAAAUUUAAUCGUUGAAUAAUUUGUUUUAUAACUUCAUUUUGCAGCUUUUUCGGAGCAUUUCUAUAAUUUCUCGAGAAAACAGACAAUACUCGAACAUCAAAAAAAUUUUAUUUGAAUAAAUUUGGCUUUCCGCUUUUUUUUUUCAACGAUGGAAAGAGAACGGUUGCUGAUUGUCGCACUUCUGAUUUUCGCAAUCUGAUUUGUCAUCAAAUAAGUUCCUUAGCUGUUUUAUUUAGUUGACAUAACUUUGAAAAAUAAAAAAAAUUUUUGAUCUAAAAUCUCACGAGCAGAAUUGGCAGAAUGCUACGAAGGCUGCACUGGAGGCUGUACUGGCGAAGGGCCCAAAGGUUGCAGCCGCUGUCGGAAUGGCUGGACCCUCCACGAAGCCCACGGCUGUGUUGGUAAGUUGAUGAAUAUUUUUCCGGAUGUUGAAUUUUUCGGCUUCAUUUCAAGCAAAAAAAAAGCGAAGUUGUUGAAAUUUUAUAUAGCUACGAGAUCUAACAGUUAUAUUGACCGGCUUGAUUUAUAUAUCGGACAUUUAUGCGGACCGUCUUGAUGGUUUCAAGACUAAGAAGUAGGAAGUGAAAAGUAUGAGAAAGUUAGGAGAAACUUGAGUUGAAGACCAUUGCAAAUAAUUAAAAAUAAAGCGAUCCAUGGGCUAUUGAGUACAGCGAAUGGGUUUCUUUCUUUCAAAAAUCUGGUGAUCAGCACGUUUUCCCAGAAUUACCAUUCACUUCAGUUUGGCUUGUUGUGCUGGAAAUUUUUGAAAAUCCUUUGAAAAACAGCGUUUCAUUUCAAACUUCAUCAGAGCUAAAAUCUGCAGAUGUCAACGAGUGCGAGAGUGGAGAAGCUUGUUCCAAGGACAAUGAAAGAUGCGAAAAUUCCAUCGGAUCGUUCAGCUGCGUCUGCGAAAAAGGUUUCAAGCGCGAUGAAGUCGAAAACUGCGUCCUGGAUAUUGAAGGUUUGAUUUUUUCCGUCAUCUUAAAGGCAUAGGGGCAGUAAAAAAUGGGGUUUCAGGUGAAAGCAGUAUCUUGUAUAGUUUUUCUUUGCGAAUCCAACAGUGUACUCAAAAAAAUUACAGAUGUGACAACUCUAGAAGAAAAACGCGAUUUCACUUUCCCGCCUUUUAUUUUGAAAAAAGCUUUGGAUCGGUGCUCAGACAACUGAUUACAGUAGCUGUGCACGCGAUGUUGCGGACGUCUCAUUAGACUCGCAUUUUGUGAGAAAUAACCGGAUUUCUGCUUCAAAUUAAGGGUUUCUUUUCUGAAAAAUCGAUUAGAAAACAGAAAAAACAUAUUGAUAAUAAAGAAAACACAAAUAAUCGCUAUCCCAAUCGAAACCUGUGUAAAAUCAUCAUUUGUUUCACGAAAAAAACGCAUUUUUUUGCGAUCGAAAGUUUGCAAAUUAUACAUGAAUAGAAAGCUUUCGUGACGAAAAAGAACUUUGAUGACAUUAGAAAAAAAAUUGAAAUUUGAAAGAAACGAAGAAAAAAAGCGAAAAUCCGAAAAGACGGGCGAAGCCUGUUGUCCAUAGAGCAAACUUUACGGCAAAGCGCCCUUUUCGCGGGAACUCAAAGCUUUCCUUUCUCCGAUUUUGAAUUAUUUUUUUCUUCAAAACUAGGAAGUUCGGUACGUUUCCCAAGUUUACCGUUCGAUUCGCAAUGAAAAAGCUCUACAAAAUACUGCUUUGAACUGAAAACACCGUUUUUUUACUGCCCCUAUGCCUUUAAAUAUUUUUCCUCAAUCAUUCUUUUCCGAUGUAUUUAUUUUUAGUGAAUUUUCCGAUUGCUCUCUAUCAAUGAUUACUAUUUGAAAAAUUUGACAUUUUUCUCUCAUUAAAGGCAUAGGGGCAGUAAAAAAAUGGGGUUUCGGGUGAAAGAAGUUUCUUAUAUAGUUUUUCUUUGCGAAUCGAAUGGUGUACUCAAAAAAAUUACAGAUGUGACAACUUUAGAAGAAAAACGCGAUUUUACUUUCCCGGCAUUAAUUUUGAAAAAAGCUUUGGAUCGGUAUGUAGACAACUGUUUACAGUAGCCGAGAACGCGACGUUGCGGACGUCUCAUUAGACUCGCCUUUUGUGUGAAAUAACCGGAUAUCUGCUUCAAAUUAAGGGUUUCUUCUCUGAAAAAUCGAUUAAGAAAACAGAAAACACACAUUUAUAAUAAAGAAAACACAAAUAAUCGCUAUCCCAAUCGAAACCUGUAUAAAAUCAUCAAUGUUCACCAGAAAAGCAUUUUUGCAAUCAAAGUUUGCAAAUUAUACAUGAAUAGAAAGCUUUUGUGACGAAAAGAACUUUGGUGACAACAGAAAAAAUUGAAAAUUGAAAGAAACGAAGAAAAAAGCGAAAAUCCGGAAGAUGGCGAAGCCUGUUGUCCAUAGAGCAAAUUUACUGCAAAGCGCCCUUUUCGCGGGAACUCAAACUUUCCUCUCUCCGACUUUGAAUUAUUUUUUCUUCAAAACUAGGAACUUCUGUACGUUUCCAAGUUCACCGUUCGAUUCGCAAUGAAAAGCUCUACAAAGUACUGCUUUGAACUAAAACACCGUUUUUUACUGCCCCUAUGCCUUUAACAACAUUUUCACAAAAUAUGAUUGAAAGUUUCCGCUCAAAAAAAAUAGCCGCUCAACUAGUGCUCAAAUCAGAGUACUGAAAUAGAAGAAAAUCUGCUUGAUGAGAUAGUUGCAUCUCACAAAUUUUUUUCUAUUUUGUUCACGAACAUUUGCUUCAUAAUUUUUGGACUUAAGGAUUUUUCUCAACUAUUCACAAUUUUGAAUUAUUCUGGAACUUUUAAAAAUGGAUUCGCUUCUUAAAACCGAAAGUAGGGAUUUUUCUAGAGAACGGUGGAUUAGAAAUUUGAAUAGAAAAAUUAUAUUCAAGUUCUUCACUCAUAUCUCUAACCAAAAAAAUAAAGUCUUAACUUCUGACCUUCUGAUUCUGAUUCUGGUGAGUCUCUCCCAUUCGCUUAUUUCGCUUAUUUAGUAUCUUCUUUUUAAUAUUUUUUUCGAAAAAAAUUGGUUGUAUUUCCAAAAGGGCCUAUUUUUGUCCUAUCUACGGUAAAGUUGCGUUUUUGUAUUUUUCACCCCUUUUGAUUUUUUUUUCUGUACAUUAGCGCUUUCAAACAAACUUUCGAACAUCGAAAAUCGAAUGAAUUAUGUUCCUAACUGAGGAAAGAAAAUAAAUCUCAAUUCUGGCGGUCACCAUGCAAUCCCACCUUCUUUUUAAUUCAAUUUUUCCAUAUUCGUUGAUAAUCUCAUUGCGUUUUUUGUUCGACCUUUUUGACAUUAACCUUUUUAAGUAAUUUUUUUCUUUCGUCCUAGUUAAGAACAGUAAGUUAAUUGGGAAGAAGCAGAUAAGAAUAGAGAAGUACAUGCAUCGCGGCAACUUUCUUUCGUCACUUCAACUUGAAUCAUUUUUUGAUUUGAAGUCACUUUGAACGCACCAAGAGUCUUGCUUCAAUCAUUAAGAACUUCCCCUUCAUUCUAAACUCCGCUGACUGCAUAUCUAACUAGGGCCGAGUUCAGCGCCUCCAAGAAGGCCUUGGCUGCCGCCGGACCUUCUGCUCAAGGUCGUCUCGAUGACGUCACUCGUCGGCAUCAUCACCUUAGUGGUCUGGCGAGGCUCGACGUUCCUUUCGAUGCUGUGCGCAGUAGCCGUCGUCGCCGUUGUUUUGAUCGAGCUCUACGUCAAUCCAGGCACGAUCCCGGACGAGGCCAAACGAAUCCUCGGCCAUUAA